CUAAGACUUUUCUUUCUUUCCAUAUCCAUGGCAUUUUCAACUCACAAGCAACAGCAAUAUUUGCCAAACUUGUACGGCGCCACCGCAGCCCCACCGCCAACCCCUUCCGCGCAGCCCAAUCAUCACAGCGCCCCAUCAGGCGUCGCCGUGGAUGCACUUUCCAAGCUCCUCCAUCGCCUCCCUCCUACUCUCUCCCUCCCUAAACGCCGCUCCUCCCCAUCCGCCAUCAUCUCCCCUCCUACCCUCUCUCUCUCUGAUCCUAAUCUUAAUCAUCUCCUCCUCUCUUCCGCUUCCGAACUCGGGUUUUUCCAACUCAAAAACCAUAACAUACCUUCCCAACUCGCUAACUCGGCUGAGACCGAGGCUCUCUCACUCUUUAAACUCGCUAGAGACCAAAAAGAAUCUCGCUUUCCUAGAAACUGGCCUCUAGGCUUCGACGUUGAUGAUGAGGAAGAAGAUGGGGAUGGAAAGGGUGAGUCGUUUUGCUUGGAUGCUGCGUGUUCAACCGAGUCAACCGAUUUGUCGUUGAGUUCUGUACGGGAGUUCACACGGUCUUUAGAGAAACUAGGGUUGAAGAUCAUUGAUACGUUGGCAAAUGCAAUGGGGUUUGAGAACCCAAUAGGAGAGGAUUCGACCCGAGUUUGCUCUUUGAUGUGGAUAACAGAGGGUUUAAACGGGGACAGGGACCGCGAUAAACCAUCGGGCGGGUUUUACCCGUAUGUAAUUGGGUUGCAAUACCAAAUCAGGUCCCAAAAAUAUUCCUUGCUGAAGGAUUCGGGUUUGGUUUCGGUUUCACCGCAAGUGGAUUCGAUCAUGGUCACCCUCGGUGACAUUGCUCAAGUUUGGAGCAAUGGGAAAGUAAGCAAAGUGAGAGGAAGACCAGUGGCAAGUUUAGGCGAUGGAAACAACUGUGGUUGCAUAUCAAUGUCGCUAUUAGUGACGAUUCCGGUUGAUAGUAGAGUGAAGCCUAUGGUUUCCAAGGUCAUUGAUGAAGGGGGUAUAGGAAUUGGUGACCAAGAUGAAAGUCAAGUUUGUGGAAACAAGGAAGAGGAAGAAGAGAGAGUGUUUAAUCCAUUUUCCUUUGAAGAAUAUGCAUGGAGAGUUUAUCAUGAAUCUUAUCUCUUUAAAGAUCCACUCGAUAGAUAUCGAGUUUAAUGCUUUUCAAAAACAUUUUCUCCUUUUCUAAAUAAUGUUUUUUUUCCGUUGUCAAAAUGCAACUUUAUUUUGCUU